AUGGAGAUUUCUGAUGUUGGUAACGAAGAGCCGACAUCAGAAGUGGGAUCGAAGAGAGGUCAUGCCGUGGAUACGCAGCCAUCAAAAAGCGACCCUGCAACGCAACUAUUGUCAAGCAUGGAGUCGCUCUUAUCCCGGUUGGUCUCAAUCCCACCGCCCCAGGCAGCAGUAAGUUCUAAUGUGACACCAAAACUCAUCCCAUACGAUCCUGACGAUAAGGCCGCAGAUAUUGAAGAUUGGUGUGCACUAACCGAAGUCAUAGUAGAGAACAAAAAUCUCGAUGGUGUCGACUUACUAAUGGCACUCACUAGAGCACUCAAAGGUCGUGCCGCUACCUGUUUAACCAAAUUAAACUUGAAGAACAUAUCCUGGUGUAGUAUUAAACAAUUGUUAUUGGCUAGAUUUGCCAAACCGAAACUGAUUCAAGAUCAUUUUGAUGAGAUAUUGCGAUUUCAAAUCGAGGCUAAAGAAACUGCAUCUGAGUCUGCGUUGCGCUUAUGGAGCAUGAUCGAGCAAAUUCCAAAAGCAGAAUUAUCCGAAGAGGUUAUUACUGGGUUUGUCAUAUCUGUUUUAUGCCAGAAGGAUAACUUGAUACGUAGAGAGCUAACAUCCCAUGUCGUUACUACUCGCGCUCAGCUAUUUCGAAUUCUUAAUGGCAUCUCGCUGAAACGCCGGACGGAUAAUACGGACGGGUGUCAAGACCCUGAUGUGAAGCGACCGCGGACGACAGAUACGAGGUUUCUUGGCAAAUGUCAUCGUUGUGGCGUAAGGGGUCACAAACAGUUUGAAUGCAAAUCGCGUAAGGAAGAUCAAGUAUCGAAGCCUUCAGAUUAUUCAACUUCCACCAACAAGCAAGACAAAACCAUUACCUGCUUUUCGUGCGGAAAGACUGGACACACAUCACCAACUUGUCCAGACAAGAAGAGGCCCGGUGGGUUAGCGAACAAAGAAGUCAACCUCUGCAGCCAUGACCCCUCCAGAUCCUCGCUGGAGACAUCUUCCGGUGAGCGGUUUCCUUUUCUAUUCGAUAGUGGAUCAUCUUGUUCACUCAUAACUGAAAGUCUCUCUAAGCGGUUUCCGGGUACUGUACGCAACGAUUUAGUUUACCUUACUGGUCUUGGCGGUAACGACGUCAAAUGCUCUAGUCAAAUGUUAAGCACAGUUACGAUUGGUGAUGUUCCGGUUGACAUUACAUUUCACAUCGUACCUGAUUCCGAUAUUUCUGUGCCGAUUAUUAUAGGUAGAGAUAUUUUGGACAAGGGUUUUUAUGCAACAAUUGAUAAUAACAAAGUUGUGCUUAAUAUGAAACAGGAGGCUAACUUUUGCAUAAACAAAUUUAAUGCGUACUUUGUUUCUGAGGUUGACACGGACUUAGUAAAUGAAGAUAAAGAAGCACUUUUAAGAAUACUGAACAAAUAUUCUGAUUAUUUUGUUGAUGGUGUACCAACAAGGCGCGUUAAAACAGGGCAGUUAGAGAUUAAGUUGAUAGACCCCCAUAAAGUAGUUCAUAGGUCACCUUAUCGUUUAGCACCGGUAGAAAAACAGGUAGUUCGUGAAAAAAUACAAGAUCUUCUUGAUGCAGGAAUUAUUCGUGAGAGCUCCUCCCCCUUUUCAAGUCCUAUACUUCUUGUAAAAAAGAAAGACAAUACGGAUAGAAUGUGCGUCGACUACAGGGAGCUUAACUCAAACACUCAUCCAGAACAUUAUCCAUUGCCUCGCAUAGAGGAACAGAUAGAUCAACUGACUUGCGCUAACUUUUUCUCAUCACUUGAUAUGGCUAGCGGCUUCCACCAGAUCCCUAUUCAUCCGGAUUCAAUUGAAAUGACAGCCUUUGUAACUCCUGAAGGGCAAUAUGAAUACCUCACUAUGCCCUUUGGUUUACGUAACGCUCCAUCCGUUUAUCAAAGGUGCAUCAAUAAAGCCUUGCAAAAUCUCAACGACAAGCCUCUAAUUUAUAUGGAUGACGUUCUCUGCUAUUCCCCUGAUAUUUCUCAAGGCCUGCAACGCCUAGAUGAUACCUUGUAUGCCUUGACAGAUGCUGGUUUUUCCCUAAACCCCAAAAAAUGUAAAUUCAUGAAAGUUAAAAUCAAUUAUCUGGGUUAUUCAAUACAAGCUGGCGAAAUUAGACCAAACUCACUUAAGAUUCAAGCUUUGGCAGAUGCACCUCCUCCAAAAACAGGCACACACGUUCGUCAGUUUAUUGGACUCGCGUCUUACUUCAGAAAAUUUAUUCCCAGUUUUACAAAUGUCAUUGGACCUCUUUAUCCUUUAACUAAAUUGAAGGGACCGAUUAAAUGGACUGACAAACAUGAAGAUAUCCGUAGCAAGAUAGUUGAGAUUCUGACUUCCGAACCAGUUUUAACAAUUUUCGACCCAGAACUGCCUGUUGAAUUACAUACAGACGCCAGCGCUGAUGGCUACGGAGCAAUUCUCAUUCAAAGGAAAAACCGCUUGCCUCACGUAAUAGAAUAUUAUAGCAAACGUACAUCUGAAGUAGAAUCUCGCUAUCACUCGUAUGAAUUAGAGACUUUAGCCGUCGUACGAGCGGUAGAACAUUUUAGGCAUUACUUGUAUGGCAGGCGAUUCACUGUUUAUACAGAUUGUAAUUCGCUAAAGGCAUCAAAGUCAAAAGUUGACCUCACUCCACGUGUACAUCGCUGGUGGGCAAUUUUGCAAGCGUAUGAUUUUGACAUUGUCUAUCGCGAAGGUCGCGGAAUGGAACAUGCUGAUUAUCUCUCCCGUAAUCUACAACCCGAAGAAGGUGCCUCUUCUAACAUAUCUCCUAUUAGGAAAGAAGUUAAAUUUGUAGAACUACAUCAAGGUUGGCUUUGCGUGGAACAGAAACGAGAUAGCGAAAUCCAAGACCUAAUAAACAAGCACAACAACAAUGAUAUGCCUGAUUCGGUAGCUCGCACGUAUGACGUUAGAGAUGGUUCUAGUAGAGCGAAUGGUCAAGUAGAGAGAGUCAUGAGAACGUUGAAAAGCUUGCUUACGAUAGUAGAAAAUGAACAGAACAAAACAUGGCGUGACGAGCUAGGCAAUAUUCAGUUAGCGCUAAAUAGUACGAAAUCCACAGUGACUAAAUACUCACCAACAGAAUUAAUGUUCGGGAUUCGCGCACAAUCAUUGGGUAUGUCUAAAAUUUCUAUCGCACAAUCGGACGAGGAGAUUAAAAGGUUAGAUUUAGAAUCCGUUAGAGAGAAUGCGUCAAAUAAUAUCGAAAAGGCUGCAUUAGCAGACACUCGUCGGUUUAAUCGUGGUCGCGCUAAUAUCAAACCAUUCACCAAGGGUGACUUUGUUUUUCUCAAAACCGGUGAACGAAACCAAACUAAAUUAGACAAGAAGUUUAAAGGGCCAUUCAUUAUAACAUCGGUAUUAGAAAAUGAUCGCUACGAACUGAAAAAUAUUAACGGUUCAAAUCGCGUUUACAAAUAUGCUCAUGAGAACUUGCGUCCAGUACCUAAGGGACAUACCGGUUUACUUGAAAUCACUGACAGCCUAUUGAAUGAAGAGGAGACCGUGUCGGCGUCGGAUGAAUUGACACAAAACAGUAAUGAUUUCGGGGAUAUGUUGCGUGCAGACUCGGUCACUGCUUCAGAUGAUUCUGAAACGCUCACUGCGUGGUCAGAUACGCUUAGCCUCUAUGACUCUGACACCUUAGAUGUACAAUAUGAAGUCGAAGUUCAUACUGAGCAGGAUCGUCCAUAA